CUUCUUUACUUGCAGAAUUGUUUUAUUGUUUAAUAUGACUUUUAACUUUUAUUGUAAUACGUUUUUUUCAAUUUUACAUUUCAUCAUAUUUCACAUUCCUACUUGACAUAAUUUAACUUUAUAUAAUGUGGUUAGUGUAUAACCUGCAAAGUGUCAAAGAUUUGUAGAGAAAUAGUAAAUAAAUAAGCUUGCCUCUAUAAUGUAUGACAUAUGUCAUCCCUCUUUUUACGAAAUGGGCCAGCUUGGCUGCAAUGACCAUAACAAAAUCAUUACUGCAUUUCAUGUUUACAUAGAACUAUGCGAAGUAAAGCGCCUGUGGGAUGUUAAGUACCAAUAUAAUAAGGAUAUUGACUUGAUAUAUCUGGAAGCUAAAACAAGCAGGUCCAGUCCACAUCAAAUCUACAUACCAUGGUCAACGGCAAACCCUAUAUCUCUGAAGUUUAUUGAACAAAUGCAACAGAAACUUGAUACCAACAGACUCACGUUAGUAUUCAAGGAUGGUGAUAGUAGUAGCAUUUAUUAUAAAGUAAGCGAAGGUCUUGUAAAACCUCUAACACCCGAAGACAGCAAACAACAAAAAUGUGUAGAAGAGAAACGAUUGAAGCUGGAAAGAGAAAUCCAAAAAAAUACUUCAAAUUUAUACGAAUUGGCAAAAACCAUUGACAACGAGAACACACAAGGAAGUAAUCACGAAGUAGAAAUCCUUGAAACUUCUCAACCCUCAUAGGUCAUUUUAUCUUUAUUUAACAGUUUUUGGUAUUUUAAAUAUAUUACAACAUAUUUCUGUUAAAAAGAAAAA